AGAUUCUAUGCGGUAAAGUUGGUUCGAAAAAGUGCCUAACGAGUGCGUGCGGUUAUCCAUACAUCCAUCCAUGGGUGAUGUUUGAGAGUGUGCUUGGAAAAACAUAUCAAAAGUGGAUUGGGAAUAUGCAGAGAAAAAACAUCUGAAAAAGAAUUUGGCCAACAUAAAAAAAGAAAUACCAAAAAUCAAAAAAAAAAAAAGCCAAAGCCAGCCAACUUGAAAAGAAAACAAAAAAGAAAUUGUCAAAGAGUGCAAGAAAAUCCCAAGUGAAUUGAAAAUAAAAGCAAAGUGUUGAAUUUUCAUCGAAAAUAAAAAAAAAUUGGAAAAAUUUCUAAAGAUCUCUAGGAAACCAAAAAAGUUAUACACACACACUAACAAAAUAGACAGAAACCAUCCCAAUUCAGAUUUCAACAACUAAAAGCGUUUAUGGCUGAUAUUCAACAAUUACACUCAGAAAUAAAUGUUAGUUAAUUACUUCAAAUUUAAUUACUAUAUAAACUAUACAAAUAAUAAACUAUAAAUUGUAAGGAAAACUAAACAAAAUUCUUAAAUUUUCAUUAAACUCAAAGCUGUGUUACAAUACUAGAUCAAAUAGUGACAAAAAUAAAUAAAAACUAAUUUCUAUAUAUAUUUCAAACCAAAACGUAAUAUCUUCCAUUUAAUGAUAUUUAUUAUUAUUACAAAGAAAAACCAGAAAAAGCUAAAUAUUUUCAAAAAAAGCCUAAGUAGUGAUAUUAAUAAAAAAAAUCUUGAAAACAACAACAAAAACAUAUUUGAACAAAGACAUACCAACUGUUAACAACAACAACAACAUCAAAGCAAAACAAUAGUGUUGUGAAAAGAAAAACGAAUAUAAAACCAAAAGGCAUACAAAGCUUUUGUUCAUUUGAAUCCUUGAAAAUCAUAUGCCACAUCACUAAAUCUCACCUUAACCUUAAACUUGAAGAGCAGCCCCAUUCAACAAAUCGAAGGCUACAAUUCUUCAAACUACGCCGCCUUUACACAUCAGCCAUGAGUGAGUGAGUGCUGUAUGGAAAUCAAGCCACCCGUCGUCAACAGCAGUGUCCUUCCGGGUGCACUGCUGCACUUGCACAUAGAGUACAUUUUUGGCCAACAACCAAAAAUUAUCAGCCGCAGUCAAGCCACUCGUCUAUUGACAGCGUGCGAACAAAGGCCAAAGGACACAGAGCCAAAGCCAAGGUAGACUUGCAACACAAAUUAUUACAAAUCAGACCUAUGUACAUUUGUGCUGUUUCUGUGCCUACUGCCUAAAUACCAAUUAAAUGCGCUGCGACCUUCGCGUGACGGCCAACUCCAACAACAGCGCAGGAAAUCGAAAGUGAAAUACACAAAACGAGGAGUUCACCUUCCUUGUUCACCACCAACACCUUAAGGACAUAUUGGUAUGCACUAAAAAAAAACACAUCAGAGAUAGUUGCUGCAUUUUGUACAACCACAUCCUUAAAGACAACUGCCACGGCUAACGUGUAGUUGGAAUUUCAAGCUUCCUUUGCUGCUGCCAUUACCCCACUAUAAGCCACCGAAAAACUUCAUAGGAACCCUUGCUGUUCGGAAAGGACAUUCCCGCCAAAAUUUUCUUUGCAUGGGUCUCCCUCUGGUCGAAGUGUCAGUGUUCUGUUACGUUGUAGUCUUCGUCUUUGUUCGUCUAACGUCGCUGCGAUGAGAGACCAAUAAAUCUUGGCAAAGCGUCAUGACCGGAAGUACGACAUUACAAAAAUGCAGGAAAUGAGUUACCUGCAGGAUAAUUCCAAAGUGGAGGCACUUACCAAAGCUGUUCUCAUCUCCAUACUUGCCGUUGCCAUAAUACUAUCGAAUCUACUGAUUAUAGCCACCUAUGCCAAUUUCAAAGGUCCCACAGAGGUCAUCAAUUAUUAUUUGCUGUCAUUGGCCGUAGCCGAUUUACUAUGCGGCCUAUUGGUGGUGCCAUUUUCGGUGUACCCAGCCCUGACGGGCGAAUGGAUACAGGAGGAGAUUAUAUGCCGUUUCACGGGAUAUCUGGAGGUGACACUAUGGGCGGUAUCGGUGUAUACCUUUAUGUGGAUAUCGGUUGAUCGCUAUCUGGCAGUGCGCAAGCCAUUGCGCUACGAAACAGUGCAGACUAAGACCAGAUGUCAAUGCUGGAUGGCCUUUACCUGGGUGUCGGCCGCCCUGCUAUGCUGUCCGCCCAUAUUGGGCUAUACGGCGCCGGUUAAAAAUGAUGUGGCCCACAUCUGCAUGCUGGACUGGGGCAAUAUGGCCGCAUAUAGUAUAACCCUAGCAAUAUUAGUUUUAGGUCCCAGUGUUAUAUCGAUUGUCCAUAAUUACUCCUAUAUAUUUGUUAUGAUGCGUAAAAUAAGAUCGGGCGAGCCCAUACAUGACAAAGAGUAUGCGACGGCGUUGGCCGAAAAUUUAUCGAAUCCAAGUCAUAUGAUGUCAUUCGCAUUAGUGUUUGCAUUCUGGAUGUCCUGGUUGCCAUGGAUAUCGUUACGUUUGUACGAGCAGGUAACUGGUGAUGUUGUGCAAAGUACUCUCAUUAAUUUUGGCGUUGUCUGGAUUGGUGUGUUAAAUUCGUUUUGGAAAAUAAUCAUAAUGACAACGAUGUCACCGCAAUUUCGCAUCGCGCUCAGAGUAUUUUGCUUAACAAUAUGCUGCAAGACUAAGGGCCGUUUGCAAGCUGAACUAAUCGGGUUGGACCCAGAUGACUAGAGUCGUUAGAUUUUCAUAUGGCUACAGCAAAGAACAAAUGAACUGAAAACGCCUCGUAAAACACAAACACACACACACACGAAACAACAACAACAACACCAACACACUCUCACUAGCAACACUUAUACACAACCAACACCAACACCAACUAACACCAAGACUUUUAAAAUUCUAAACAAAAAUAAUGAAUUUCCUCCACAUACACUCACAACCACAUGUACACCCAUACACAUACACACAACGACACCCGGUUUUUCUUAUUGUUUAACAAAAAGCCAGUAGCUGCAAAAUUCCAUAAUUUUAAUCCAAUUUAAAAUAUUACAAAAUUUUUUUU